AUGAAUACUUAAUUGAAAAAACAAUUAAUUUUUUCAUAUUUAUAUAUACGUUAAACAUGCUAUCAUCAUCUAAACUAUUUAAUAGUCAAUCUCAAUUAGAAUGUAAUAUCCAUAUAAAUUGUUUGCUUAGAGUGCUUGUUGGAUAUCUCAACGAAGAUUUUACAUGACUAAGCUAUUGAAUCGAAUAGGGACUCCAAGAGCAUAGUGUUUAAUAGAAUCAAAGAAAUCACUCUUGAAGCCUUCUCCAAAUAGUUUACAGAUGAGAUUCAUCGUUUAUAAGCAGAAUUAAGAUAAGAAUAGGCACUGAAUGAUUAGAUAAAACGAGAAUUUUUGGAAAGGGAAGAGACCAUAAUAUAAGAGUUUGAUUCUAAGCAAAGAGAAUUUCAAUUAUAACAAAUUAGAGAAAUUUAGGAACUUUAGGAUUUGCUAGAAGCUUCAGAAACAUAACUUCAAAAAUAUUAACAAUAAAAUGAUAAGUUCAAUAAGCAAAUAAAGGAAUUACAAUCCAAAGAACAAUAAUUAUUGAAAGAGAAUUUACUUACCAAAGAAAAUUUGUAAUAAUGUGACUAACGAUAUAAACAAUUAAACUCCGAUAUAAAUGAUAUGAGAUCAAGAAAUGACUCUCUUAACCAAUAAAAUCAAUAGUUAGAUAGAUAAAAUAGAGACUUUAAAAAUGAAUGUGAACGUGCAUUAAAAGAAUUGACUGAAUUGAAAAGAAAGUCAUAACAGUAAAUGGAUCUCAAUAUUUAAUUGGAUUAGGAAAUAGAAUUAUAUAAGAAUGAAAUUGAGAAACUUAAGACAAAAAAACAUCAAGAAUUAUCUAAGUAAAAAGAACUACUUGAUUAAUUAAAAGAAAAAAGUAAUAACAAAAUUAAUGAAUUGAAAAAUAGAUUAAAAGAGGCUUAAAAUAUUUAGUAAUAUUAAUAAGAAUAAUUGGAUGAAUUUUAGGAACUAAUCAGAGAAUCUGAAAAUCAAUUAAAUUAAUUAUAAACUAAUCAUAAAUAAAAUCUCAAAUAGAUGGAAUAAUAAUAUACAAAAUAAUUUUAAGAUUUGGAACAAUAAUUCUUAGUUGAAAAGUUAAAUCUAGAGGAAAAUCUAACCAUUUCCUUUGAAUAAGUUGUAAUAGAUAAAGAUAAAUAAAUCUAAGACCUUAUUAAGGAAGUCAAAAUAUUAAAAGAUAAAUUAUAUCAAUAAAAUUUGGAACAGGAGAAAAUGUAAAGGUAAUAAUAAAAUCUUGAAUAAGAAAUUAAUUAAUUAAAUGAUGAAUUAAAUUAGUAAACUUAGGACUAGUAGGAAUUAGAGAAUAAAAAUAGAAAUCUAGAAUUGGAUAUCACAAAAAAAGAUUAAAAAUUAAAAGCCUUAUUGGCAGAAUUGGAUGAUAUUAAAAUAUUUUAAGAAUAAACAUUAAACACGAUAAGAGAAAACUAAGAUUAUAUAGCUGAAAUUGAUAAGGAGAACUAAUAAUAUUAAUAAUUUUUAUAACAUGUCUAACAUCUAUUAGACAUUUAAAUUUAGGGAUCAUUCUCAUUAUAAAGAUUAGGAUAAGAAAUAGAAUAAAAAUUGAGAUAACAUAAGGAUGAUAUUAAACGAUGUUUGGAUGAAAUUAAGAAGAAAGAAGAAUUACAUAAUAUAGAAUUAUAAGAAAAAGAUUAAAAAUUAAUGCUAUUGCAAAAUAAUUUUAAUGAAGAAAAUAACAAAAUAUAAUCUUAAUUAUAAGAAUAAUAAUCUGAGAAUAGAAAAUAAAGAAAUGAAUUUAAAUUGAAAUUUGAAGAGCAGAAUAAAAUUAUUAUUGAAUUGUAAAAAGAUCAAAUUGAAAGUAAUAAUUAAAUAGAGUUCUUACAAAUUUAAAAUCAAUAAAUUAUUUAAGAUUUAGAAUCAAAUAAUGACUAAUUAGAAUGUGCCAAAUAGGAGAUUUAAGAUAUGAUCAAGAAAGAUAAAAUGUAGAGUGAUGAAAUAGGAAAACAAAUCAGUAUUUUAAAUCAUGAAAAAAAUCAAUUAUAAGUUUAGCUUGAAGAAUAUAAAUUUAAAUAAAAAACUCUAAAAUAGAGAAUAAUUAGAACUGUAAGUAGAUAAAAGGAAUUGACAACCAUCUAACUAAUAGAAUUAAAGAAUACACUCAUAAAUAAAUAUAAGUAAUUAGAAAGUGAUUGUAAAUUAAUAAUGCAAAAUCUUUAUAAAAAAUAAUUGAUGAUAACAGAAAAUAAAUUGUAGAUGAUAGAAAAUGAUAAAUAAUUUGAAAUUGAGUAAUUGAACUUAGAAAUGGAAAAAAAAUUAGAUAAUUUAAAGAAACAAUUUAAGCAAUCAGAAUAAUUAAUUUAUGAAGAAGGCUAAAUUAAAUUAAAAUAAAAAUAAUAGUAAAUAGAAUAAUUGAUAAUGUCUAAAGCUAAUGAUAACGAAUUUAAAACUCAAAUUUCAUUACUUAAUAAAGAAAAUGAAGAGUUCUAAAAACAGUUGUAAUUACAAGAAUAACUAUUCAUUGAAUAAAAGUAAAAUUAUGAACUAGAAUUGAUGAACUUAAAUAAACUUAUUAAAGAAUAAUAAGAAGAAUUAAUAUCUUAGUAGCAGUUCUCUGAAUAUACAAUGAAUAAGGAGAGAUAAUAUUUUGAAUAGAGAUACUAAGAGCUCAAACUUAGAUAAGAAAAAAAAGUUGAUUCAAUUUAAUAGGAUUACUAAUUGUAAAUCACUCAACUAGAAAAUAUCAUUUAACAGCCUACCAAAAUGAAAUCUUAAUCUCCAAAUAGAAAUAUAUAAAAAUCACCCAUUUAAAAUAGAUAAACUACAUAAUUGAGCAAUAAAUCUUAAAGCUUUGGAAGCCCUAAUAUUAAUACAGGUAUAAAAACACCAAAUAAAACAGUGAUUUAGAUUGAUAAUACGGAUAAAACAAUAGAAGAUUUAAGAUUAGAAAUAUAAUAAUAAAAGGAAAAGCUAAGCCGAAUGAAGUUGACAUUUACUGAGAGCCAAAAAAAGCCAUUUAAAAGAAACUGA